AUGCAACAAUCGCUCAGCUUAAGACCCUUUCAGUGCAUGGUGGCCAUGCCGCCCGGAGAAAGCACCAGGGUUGAGAUACUGUCAAGUUGCCCAAGUCUAGACAACAGCAGUCGAGAUUCAGAGACUCGGCUCCAGGUGACGUGUUACGCGUCACAAGACCGAAUCACGUGUUCGUGGCGCGUGCAUCAUCAUCAUCAUCGACAGCAUGACAUCAGUGUUCAACACCAAUGCUUCACUGCCGUACAAACACGACCUAUCUGUAAAGAAAAGAGUAAAGGUGGACGGGGAAGAAAAGAGAAAGGUGGACGGGGAAGGGACUUACUACCAUACCACCCGAAAGAAACACGAGAGUUGGGAUACUCUCAGCUUUCCCAAGCCUAG